AGAGGAUAAACCGGUUUUCGGGGCGAUCAAUCUUACGGUGCAGAGAGACGCCGCAUCGAUCCCUGCACGCACCGCCACACCAACACGCCAUGGCCAAGCUUGGCUAAGCUCUGUUAAGCUUCAGGCGUCCGUGUGUGGCGCAGCGUGUCGAUCAGGCUGCCUCGACGACAUCUCUUCCGUCAUGCACACACACAAGAACAAAUGCCAGCCUUUGAGGAUGUCGAUCUCCUUCAAAAGACAAAGGAAUGUCGAGCACGAUGAGAGCUCGAUUCGUUGCUUAUCGGCUCUCUCUCAUCAAGUCUAAUGAACCUAAAUACUCACCAAGAUCUUCACGAGCCCUGUCUUCCAUCGAAAGGGAACGGAGAGUCGGCCAUGUCGACCUCGACGGAAGACGGCCUGCGCCGAACAACCCAUAGCCAAGCUUGGCUGAGCAUCUAGUCAGCUUCCGCGUAUACGCCACAACGAUGAAGCAUAAACUGGCCUCAUACUCACAUCUUGAGACCAAUGCAAAGUCUCCCUGUUCCUACCUGACCACAUAUGCCUUUCGUCGAACUCAGCCGCCUCAGUCUCAUCAUAUAUACAUUACUUGGC